CUUUUAUUAAUUUAUUUCCAAACACAAAGAAAGGCCCCCGGAUAAUUUGUGGGCCAUUUAACUCAGAGCCCAGUUUUUACGUAGGCAUGAGAAGGUUACCGUACUUUGACCUUUAACCUUCGCGGAGGGGACACGCCUCCGUCUCUAUAUAAGGAAUUUUCCGGCCUUUUGCGGCCCUUUUUCCUUCUUAGCGCUCGCUGCCGCUAGCCUGCACUCCUCCUUCCUCUGCCGCCGUCCAGCCCCGGGAUCAGCAGGCGCCAUGGGUUUUGGAGACCUGAAAAGUCCCUCCGGUCUCCAGGUGCUCAACAACUACCUGGCGGACAAGAGCUACAUCGAGGGGUAUGUGCCGUCACAAGCAGACGUGGCAGUAUUUGAGGCAGUGGCCGGCCCUCCACCUGCCGACCUGUAUCAUGCCCUACGUUGGUAUAAUCACAUCAAGUCUUUCGAAAAGCAGAAGGCCAGCCUUCCUGGAGUGAAGAAAGCUUUGGGCAAAUAUGGCCCUGCUAAUGUGGAAGACACCACAGGAAGUGGAGCUACAGAUAGUAAAGAUGAUGAUGACAUUGAUCUCUUUGGAUCUGAUGAUGAGGAGGAAAGUGAAGAAGCAAAGAGGCUAAGAGAAGAACGUCUUGCACAGUAUGAGUCAAAGAAAGCCAAAAAACCUGCGCUUGUUGCCAAGUCUUCCAUCUUAUUAGAUGUGAAACCUUGGGAUGAUGAGACGGAUAUGGCAAAAUUAGAGGAGUGUGUCAGGAGCAUUCAAGCAGAUGGCUUGGUCUGGGGCUCUUCUAAACUGGUUCCAGUGGGGUAUGGAAUUAAAAAACUUCAAAUACAGUGUGUAGUGGAAGAUGAUAAAGUUGGAACAGACAUGCUGGAGGAGCAGAUCACUGCUUUUGAGGACUAUGUGCAGUCCAUGGACGUGGCUGCUUUCAACAAGAUCUAAAAUCCAUCCUUGGUCAUUGCCCUUAAAUAAAAGUUUGAAAGAUAA